AUGAACAUCAGCGCUCCCCGGCUCCUCAACAUCCUCCCACCAAAUCUAAGAAAUACUGCCGGAACAAAUGUGAACGUGUUCAACAGACCAUCGGACAAGUUCCUGCAGGAAGUGCCACACCAGCCGGGAGGUAAUGGAUAUGUCCACGCGUCUUGUACUCUUGUUAACCUGGCGACGGUGCGGGCCCCUAGUGUUAACCUGGCGACGGUGCGGGCCCCUAGUGUUAACCUGGCGACGGUGCGGGCCCCUAGUGUUAACUUGGCGACGGUGCGGGCCCCUAGUGUUAACCUGGCGACGGUGCGGGCCCCUAGUGUUAACCUGGCGACGGUGCGGGCCCCUAGUGUUAACUUGGCGACGGUGCGGGCCCCUAGUGUUAACUUGGCGACGGUGAGGGCCCCUAGUGUUAACCUGGCGACGGUGCGGGCCCCUAGAGUUAACCUGGCGACGGUGAGGGCCCCUAGUGUUAACCUGGCGACGGUGCGGGCCCCUAGUGUUAACCUGGCGACGGUGCGGGCCCCUAGUGUUAACCUGGCGACGGUGCGGGCCCCUAGUGUUAACCUGGCGACGGUGCGGGCCCCUAGUGUUAACUUGGCGACGGUGCGGGCCCCUAGUGUUAACUUGGCGACGGUGUGGGGCCCUAGUGUUAACUUGGCGACGCUCUACCUUGGAGGCGACCUCUCUCAGGUCUACGCUGGAGACGACCUCUCACAGGUCUACCCUGGAGACGACCUCUCACAGGUCUACCCUGGAGACGACCUCUCACAGGUCUACCUUGGAGGCGACCUCUCUCAGGUCUACGCUGGAGACGACCUCUCACAGGUCUACCCUGGAGGCGACCUCUCACAGGUCUACCCUGGAGACGACCUCUCACAGGUCUACCCUGGAGACGACCUCUCACAGGUCUACCCUGGAGACGACCUCUCACAGGUCUACCCUGAAGGCGACCUCUCACAGGUCUACCCUGGAGGCGACCUCUCACAGAUCUACCCUGGAGGCGACCUCUCACAGGUCUACGCUGGAGACGACCUCUCACAGGUCUACCCUGGAGACGACCUCUCACAGGUCUACCCUGGAGGCGACCUCUCACAGGUCUACCCUGGAGGCGACCUCUCUCAGGUCUACGCUGGAGACGACCUCUCACAGGUCUACCCUGGAGACGACCUCUCACAGGUCUACCCUGGAGGCGACCUCUCACAGGUCUACCCUGGAGGCGACCUCUCUCAGGUCUACGCUGGAGACGACCUCUCACAGGUCUACCCUGGAGACGACCUCUCACAGGUCUACCCUGGAGACGACCUCUCACAGGUCUACCCUGGAGACGACCUCUCACAGGUCUACCCUGGAGACGACCUCUCACAGGUCUACCCUGAAGGCGACCUCUCACAGGUCUACCCUGAAGGCGACCUCUCACAGGUCUACCCUGGAGGCAACCUCUCUCACAGGUCUACCCUGGAGGCGACCUCUCUCAGGUCUACCCUGGAGGCGACCUCUCACAGGUCUACCCUGGAGGCGACCUCUCACAGAUCUACCCUGGAGGCGACCUCUCACAGGUCUACCCUGGAGACGACCUCUCUCAGGUCUACCCUGAAGGCGACCUCUCACAGGUCUACCCUGGAGGUCUACCCUGGAGGCGACCUCUCACAGAUCUACCCUGGAGGCGACCUCUCACAGAUCUACCCUGGAGGCGACCUCUCACAGGUCUACCCUGGAGGCGACCUCUCACAGGUCUACCCUGGAGGCGACCUCUCACAGGUCUACCCUGGAGGCGACCUCUCACAGGUCUACCCUGGAGGCGACCUCUCACAGGUCUACCCUGGAGGCGACCUCUCACAGGUCUACCCUGGAGGCGACCUCUCACAGGUCUACCCUGGAGGCGACCUCUCACAGGUCUACCCUGGAGGCGACCUCUCACAGGUCUACCCUGGAGGCGACCUCUCACAGGUCUACCCUGGAGGCGACCUCUCACAGGUCUACCCUGGAGGCGACCUCUCACAGCUGAGUGAAAGUUACCAAAGCAGAAACCUGGAGAAGGCUCACACAGCCUUCACAAGCCCUGGAGAAGGCUCACACAGCCUUCACAAGCCCUGGAGAAGGCGCACACAGCCUUCACAAGCCCUGGAGAAAGCGUGUGACAGCAGCUAA